AUGAGAAGUAACGUCGCUGUAGCUUCAAACUAUUCUAGACCGCACAAUAAAGGUCCUAAGGAAGUUCAAUACAGACCAUGGAAUGCCAAGGCUAUUAUGGAAGCAAGAAAGGCAAAACUCAAAGAUAGUCCCCAAGAAAUAAUUCAAUCCACAGAAAUCAAUACACCAGAGUUGAUCAAAUCAUCUUCAGUGAGCAGCGACUCUUGGGUUCCAAAUAUCUCAUGGGAAGAGCCAGAAACACCUGGGUCUACUCCUCCCAAUAUCCCUACAAAUAUAUCCGAGGGAUCCACUUAUUCACUAGCCAACCAAGAUCACGUUAGCACUACUAGUUCAAAAACAUACAAUAACGCGCACCAAGAUUAUGUGAGCGAUGAAUUUAAUAUCCAAACGUGUUCAUGGCCAAGUGAUACUCGUCCGGUAUCUCCAAUCAAAAACAUCGGUCCGCUUCUGGAUCUCAGUACGGAUACUGUAUCAAAUGAACAAGGUGGAUACAUCAUACUUGGCAUAAAUUUUGACAGCUUAUCGACCUCUUAUCUUAGCAGACCGGGCAUUUCAUCUUUUAUUAAAGACCUUGUUUUGCUUGAUAUUGAUGAUCUAACCUAUAGUACAGAUGAAUGCGGCUCUCAAGAGUUUUCGAAAUAUGACGCUUUCUCUAGCAAGAGUUUUACAUGCCCCUCUGUGCAUUCGGCACAGGAUAGUAUGACAGGAAAUGACAUGUCUACUGGGAACUCGACCACAAAUAUUGUAUUCGGGCACACAGCCUUUGAAAAGAACCAGGAUUAUAUGGGCAUUUCGUUCCAGCAACAGUCUAAUAGCUCUGAUCCUGCUGCUCCUCGCUCUCCGUCCCUUAUAGGACGUCAGACAUACAGUCGAGAUGAACUCAUGUCCCUCAAUACAUACAGCGAGAACAUCAAGGGAAUCGAGGCUGGAAAUCUUAUUGAUACAUUUAUCAAGGAUGGAGCUACAUACUACCACCAUUCACCAUCCUAUGGAAACCGUAGACGUAGUGAUUCACGUGAAUAUCUACAGGACCAAAAGGACAAAAUCCCAUUUAUGCGCAUUAUCCGCCCAGUAAUUAACCCUCCGGACAAUGUCACAAAGGGAUUUGCUCCAGGCCGUUGCCUUCCCCAGCAAAUAGGGAGUAUUCCACUUUUCGAAAACCUUUAG